CACUGCUACGGCACUUGUCAGCAAUAAACAAGGAAUUGAAAGAUUCAAGAUGGCUACAAGUAAAUUUAGUCAGUUUCUGGAAGAUAUUGAUGAGAAAGUCUUAGAGUGUGCCAUAUGCUUGAAGAGACUCCAGAAUCCAAAAUCUCUCAACUGCCAGCAUAGUUUCUGCUUGGCCUGUCUGGAAGACUGGGUUAAGAAGAAGGGUAAGCUGACUUGUCCAACUUGCACAAAAUCAUAUCCCAUUCCAGAGGGCGGGCUUCAGAAACUUCCACCAAACACCUUUCUGAAUAACUUGUUAGAAACACUUGAGCAAUAUAAACCCGCUAGAGAUCACAUCACAAAAUGUGUUUGUGGAAAAGCAGAAGAAUACUACUGCCAGGAUUGCAGACAUUACUUGUGCUCUUCUUGUAGAGAUUAUCAUAAAAUAUUGCCAAUUUCGACAAAUCACAAGCUCCAUACAGUGGAGGAUGUGCGUUCAAUGACUCAACAGGACUUUGCUUUGUUCCAAACAUUCAAAGAAACUUUAGCAACAUUGGAGGAAGCUGCCCAUGACUAUGAAAACAAAUUACAAAAUGGCCUCAAAGCAGUUAUUGACAAUACUGCAAAAUUGGAAGGAAGUAGAGAUAAAAGUUUGCGAGAUAUUGACAGUCUUGUGCAGGAAAUGAUUCAAACAAUUAUGGAGAAAGGAGAUGAAAUGAAAAAUAAUGUAGAGAUAAUAUACAAACGGAAAAAGCAAGCAAAUUAUGUACAAAUGGAUAAAUUGAAAACAAUAAUAUCUGAAGUAAAUACAAAGUUAAAUUUUCUUAAACAGUUAUUAAAGAAUGAUGAAGUAAUUGCAAUGCAAUCAAGUGAAACACUUAUAACAGCAUUGAAGGAUAGAAUCAAUGAAAUGCCCAAAACAGAGCCAGAUGAUAAUGGACAAAUUUUAUUUUUUGCAAAUAAACACUACAUUGCAUCUUUGCAGCAAUGUGGCAUAGGAAUUGUAACACAAUCAAUGGCAGACAGUCUGACAUUGAAGGGAUUAAAAUCUGUGACCGUAGGUCAAAAAAUUGUUGCCAAAAUAACUAAAGCAGAUAGAUGUCAUAUAGAUGCAAAUCAACUGAAGGCAACCUGGACACAUCCUAUUCGGCAAAAAAACAACAGAAGUAAAGUUCAUGAAGAUGACAAUGGAGAUUAUGUUGUGACAGGAAAAUGUGCAAGUCCAGGUCUUUGUAGAUUGGAUGUGAGUUUUGAUGGCGAACCAAUCGAGCAGUCACCAAUGGUACUCAAUGUAGAACAAAAUGGAUUAGUAAAUACUGUUAAAUUACCUGAAAGUAUGAAUGGUAAACACAAAAGUGUAGUUAGGUGUGAAGAUGACUGCUUGCUUAUUUCAUGUCUCACAAAUACAAUGUACAAGUACAAGCAAUCUGGAGGAUAUAUUGGUAAGAUUACACUACCACAAGGUGUGAAAAUAUUUGAAAUGUUCACGAUGAAGAAUAGUUACAUAGCAGUCAGUGAUGAGGGUAACAAAUGCAUCACAAUAGCUAAGAUGAAUGGUGAGGUGGUCAAAUCAAUUGGUCAGGAAGUACUGGGGGAUCCAUAUGGGAUCAAUGUGGAUGAGGCAUCAGAUGUUGUGUAUGUAGCUGACUGGCCUAAUAAAUGUGUGUUCAUGUUUGACAUUUAUAGUGGCCAGAUAAUCAGAAAGAUAAAGUCACUAGGCAAUACAACAGGAGUCAUUGAUGUUGCCCUUACAAAUCAGGGACAUAUUCUUGCAUUAGAGACAGAUUUUGUUGAGUCUUGCAACGACCGCUUACUACAAUUUGAUAAUAAAGGAAUGUUUAUGAAAGUCCUUGUUAAAGGUGAUGAUGAUAAUGUGUGUUUUGAAAGAGUAGUAGUUGAUGAGGAUGGCAACAUUAUUUUAGAAAACGAUCUAACACUACAGCUUUUUAGUAGUGAUGGAAAUUUCAUCAAAAGAAUUAAUAAACCAGAAGAUGGAAUCACCAAUCUAGGUGGACUAUGCUUAAUUUCACAACAUCCACGGAGACUUGCGGUGGCAGAUGUUGGUGACAAAACUAUAAAAAUAUAUAAUUACUGACAUGUACUGUACAGUACUAUUAAAUUUGCUGAUUUCACUUGUUUAAUGCAAUACUUUAUAUGAUGUGAAGUAGCAACACUCAAAAGAUUUUAUAUUUAAUUUGUAUAUGUAGGGAGCUGAGUUUUGUGAUUACCUAUACCAUAAUAAGAAACUAUUUUUGUUUGUUUUCACUUUGCGGUAUUGCGCUGGGCAUAGAUAUAUAUCACUGCGCGUAUCAUGUUAGAAGGCCUACGUAGCCGAACACAUCUUUCAGUCCCUUUUCUUGCACUGGUCUGAGCAGUAACAAGACAUGUGUUACUGUCGUCGAAAACAAAGUACUGUUUUGAUGACAUUGAAUUGUUCUGGUACGUUGAAAUUAUAAACAGUUUAGAUUAGUUACAUUUAUGAAUAGUUAUCUGAAGAUAAAUGGCUAUCUUGUACUCAUGAGUUGUGGUUUAUUGUAAAUUAUCUUGGUAAUAACUAGGCCUAGGCUGAGAGCCGAUUAAUGUGCAUGCUCAAACCAGUUGUACCGUAGUGCUGUGCUACGGCUAUUCAUUGAUCAUUGUGAUGAGAUGCAUGUUAAAUUGUUUGAAUAAGAAUCAUAACCACAUCAGUAAUAAUGUGUGUCCCAUUUAUCUCUAUAUUAUAAUGUUGAAAGAGUUGGAUUAAUUCACAGUUAAACGGUAAUUAAAAUUGUUUAAUCAGUACCUAGUUGAUCACGUUGAGCCACGUGAGCUCGUUCGUGCAGUUAGUUAGGUAACUUUAUAUCACGUGGGUUACGCUCUUAUGUAACCAAAGAUGACUGCGCCCAUGAUAUGUUAAAAAAAAUGGCAGUGCCCAUGAGACGAAUAAUAGGGUUACGUUUAUUAAUGAUUAAAUUAGAAAGAAUGUUAACUUGUUUAAUUGUGAUCUUUAAUAACUACUGGACUAUAUAAUAUCCAUGUAUAUAUGUAGAGGUACAGCUUUAACAAGUCCAUCAUUUAAUAAUUGGAGAUAUUAUAGUCUGGAUGUGAUGUUUACCAAAGUUUUCAUUGUUUACUUGAUUUGUGAAACUACUGUAAGUGACACAAUUCUAUAUUGAUAGUGUACAGUAUGUAUGACUAUGGUUUUCUGUGGUUUAUUUCCACAGGGUUUUUUUUUCUUUUGUUUGGCUUUUUCUGGUUCUGAUCAAGUUGUGAUGACACUCGUCGGAAUUAAACAUCAAACUGAAGUUAAAACAUA